UAGAAGCGAACAUCCCACAGCUACAACCUGUCUGCCCCCUCCUCCUCCACCUUCCUCCAAUCAUUCGAGCUCCUCCUCCUCCUCUGUUUUGUCUGCGCGCGCGCGGGGACGGAGGCAUCGCAGAUUCCUCGGUUGCCGCUGCGGUCCAAGAACCGGGAUUCGGCCCUUGGUUCCACCCCCCAAGGUGCAUUUGUGUGGAUGAAGAUGACAAUAUAAUAAUUGCCUAGCAGAAGCCACCCAACCUGUAAAUUCAGUCUUCUCUGCUUCCAGCAAAAUGUCAGUCCGGCGACGGUCGGAGAGCACGGAGGGUCUGUUCUUAUUCGAUGAGCGAAAAGACCGGAGGUCGGACGUGGAGAACUCAGAGGAUGAGAGGAGAAGGCUGUCCAUUGGCGGGUCACUCAAGAAGAAAGCGCUGAAUGCAUCAAGCAAGCUCACACAUUCGCUCAAGAAGCGGGGGAAGAGGAAGGUGGAGCAUCGGGCUUCUUCCUUCACCAUUGAAGACGUCAGGGAUGAGGAGGAGGAGCGUGCCGUGUUUACAUUUCAGCAAGAGCUUUUGAACAGGAACUUGCUAUGUGACAAGCAAAAUGACUAUCACAUGUUGCUGAGGUUUUUGAAGGCAAGGAAAUUUGACACUGAGAAAGCCAUUCAUAUGUGGGCUGAGAUGCUCCAAUGGAGAAAAGAAUUCGGUGCGGAUACAAUACUCGAGGAUUUCGUUUUUGAAGAGCUGGACGAGGUGCUCUCCUAUUACCCUCAGGGUUACCAUGGAGUUGACAGGCAAGGAAGGCCAGUAUACAUCGAGAGAUUAGGGAAAGUUGACCCAAAUAAACUGAUGAACAUCACCACAGUUGACCGCUACAUCAAGUAUCAUGUGCAAGAGUUUGAGAGAGCCUUCUUGGACAAGUUUCCAGCAUGCUCUAUCGCAGCGAAAAGGCAUAUUGAUUCUACAACCACUAUACUAGAUGUUGAAGGCGUGGGUUUCAAAAACUUCAGCAAAACAGCAAGGGAAAUGCUAACUAGAAUGCAAAAAAUAGACAGUGAUUAUUAUCCUGAGACACUGCACCAGAUGUUUGUUGUAAAUGCUGGCGGUGGUUUCAAGCUACUAUGGAAUUCAGUGAAAGGUUUUCUUGACCCUAAAACGGUCUCAAAGAUACAUGUUUUGGGAACAAAAUUCCAAAGCAAACUUCUUGAAGUAAUAGAUGGAAGCCAACUUCCUGAAUUUUUGGGUGGAACAUGCACAUGUGCGGGUGAGGGAGGAUGCCUCAAGUCUAACAAAGGUCCAUGGAAUGACCCUAACAUUAUGAAGGUUGCACAUAACAAAGAAGCAAAGUUUGUAAGGCAUACAAGACGCUUAUCUGAGAUCGAGCAACGAAGGGGUUCAUUUGCUAGGUUACAUCUUUUGAAGGGUAGAAACAGUGACACGUCAACAGCUGAGUCAGGAUCAGAUGUUGAUGAUCUAGGUUCUCCUAUGAUGAGAAGCACAUUGGGGUGCAGUCGACUAGCUCCAGUUCGUGAAGAAAUGCAGAUGAGAGCACGAGAGUCUGCGGCUUAUUACAGUUGCGAUGAUCACUUUGUGGUGGUGGACAAAACAGUUGAUUAUGGCAGAGGAGGAUCAAUGCCAGAUAAAAGCAGUGCCCCACAAGUAAGAGUACAAGCCCAGCCUUCAGGCACACAAAACACUCCAGGCUCUUCAAGAAACAGUCGUGCUAUACUAGUACCCAAAGAGAUUCCGGAGGAAGGGAAAUUCUAUCGUUUUCUCAGAUUACUGCUGGUUCUGGUUGUUAGGGUUUUUACCUUCUUACGCACAGUAUGCAGUCAGCCAGAGAUAACGAUGGUCAACAACCCACUACCUCCAGCUCCUGAGUUUGAACACAUCUCUGGUGAUCAUCCAGCAGUUGAAGCGUUCAGUGUGGACCUUGUCAGUCCUGUCAUUGAGCGCCUUCAGAAGCUCGAGGGUCGGGUUGAUGAGCUCGGCAGCAAGCCCCCAGAGAUUCCCCUGGAGAAAGAACGCUCCCUCUUGGAUUCAUGGGAUAGGAUCAAAUGUAUCGAAUCUGACCUCGAAAGGACGAAGAAAGUUCUGCAGGCUACUGUGAUGAAGCAACUAGAAAUUGCAGACUCAAUAGACGAAGUUAUCUUGUCAAAGCUGCACAGGCGAAGAUUUUGUGCGUAAUAAACCAUCGUAACUCCUUAACAAUACGCACCAUGGGGGUAAUUAAACUUGAGACAACAUUUGGGGGGACAAAUUUGGCGGGAAAAGUUAUGCAUAAGACGGAUCCAACGAGUGUCAAAUGUACUUUAAGUUCAGAUUGGCUCAAAUAACGGGUGUUGGUCGGUCAUAGUGAAAUCACCCUGUUUCAUUAGUUAUCUUCUACUCACUCUGUAACGAAUAUAAGACGUUUUUUGGUGUAGUUGACUUCAGUAAAACGUCCUACAUUUUGUUACAGAGGUUGUAACUCCCAAGAAUUUGUCUGUUUUUCAUGUUUGCAAAGAGGAUAAUGGACGGACGCCAUAAAUGUGCUUCACGUA